AUGUCUUCAGUGGAAGCAGAUAAUUCCCUUGAAGCUGAGGCUGGAGCGAAUCUAGGAACAUUGGGUCAGCAGGAACCCAACCGCGUCUCUGACGAGAGCGCGGAGCUGCGUCUCGGGCACUUGCGGGACACCCUGCUCCGGCUGCAAGCCAAAAUAGAUACACUCGCUGGUCGAGACGCCAAAACAGCGUCCCUGGUUUUGAACAGAGUAGAAACUGUCCUUGGUAAAGGAAGCGUUGCUGCCCAGCGCCUCGUAUUACUGGCUGCUGCAUAUGGACUAGAACGCUGCCUCUUCCGACGUUGCCCUGCAGCGUACUACACGUGGACGCUGGAACAGCGGCGCCAGUUCUUGGAGCCCGCACCCACUGUCUACCACCUGUGCAAGUCAUUGAUCUUGGAAAAUACUCGGGCGAACGUUGAUGACGAGGCAAGUGGCCCGGGAGCGGCUCCCCGAUAUGUUUGCGUCAUUCUGCCGUACCCGGCUCGACUGCACACUGAAAAAGUAACGCAGGCAGUUCGCUGCUCCUCAGAGCUCUGCCAGCUUUGCCCUGCACCUCGAAGCCAGGUGCACUAUCAAGUAGCACCAGCAGAGCAAUGCCAGCGAAUCACCGGUUAUGGCUAUAAUGCGGUGACGCCACUGGGCAUGCGCACACCGAUGCCGAUACUCGUAGCCUCAGUACUCGAGAAAUGGCUCAAGUGCUGUCGAGAUGAUUGCUUUUGGCUCGGUGGAGGUGCAACAGACCUCAAGCUGAAUGUGUCCUUGAGCGACUUUGUCCGAGUUUUCUCUCGUGUGCAUCGUUUACCGGUUUUGAUCCGAGACAUAACCUACUGA